GUAUAAAAGACGUGCCAGUCUCCGAUGGUAAGAGGCAUGUUCAAGCUGGUCUUGCUCAAUCCCUUUCCAAUAUCGACUUUCGUCCUCGCAUAUCACAAAAACUGUUCUCGACACCACCGUAUCAUCUACACAACAUAUUCCUAGAACAUGUCCCUAGACAUCUACGUCGGCAAAUGUGUCCGCCGUGAAGCCAACCAUACACAACACUGGAUUCUCAUCUUGGCUAAACCAGGAGAAGAUAAAUGCACUUGGUACCACGUCCGAGGAGGACAUCAAGUCGACCCACCAGAGCAAUACCACCUUGACAUCGAAGACGGCAAGAGACUGGCCAGUCGAGGCAUCCAACAAAGGAUCAAAGUCGGGAGUAUCAAAGAGUCCGACAGAAACAAAGUCAAAGCUGCUUGUCAAAGUGUCCCAUUGCAACGCUGCCAAACCCAUACAGUGGCAGUCCUGGCGAAAUUGGAAGCGAAAGGUCUCGUCCAAGCGGGAAUUGCUGCGCAGUUCAACACACAGGUCGAACCGCAGAAGGUUGCUGGAUCCAAGUCGAGCAGCUCAAAAUCGGGAACAGUCAAAUCAGGCGGGUCCAUGUCAAGCGGGACCAAAGCGAGCGGGUCGUCCAGGCGCUCCUAA